AUGAGUAAAUGCCUUCACGCCUGCCGCAACCACCAAACUUCUUUCACCAGUCUUCUACACACUCUAAUCAAAGUGACGCUUGCGACAGAAUUCUACCCCGAUGCCAAGUUUAACCAUUCACAACUCGCCUUGGACGUUCGACCCUAUAUCAAACCUCAUAAUAGGAAGCAUGUUAUGAGUUGUUCGGUAUCAAUUAUCUCAAGUUUUGAUUGGUUAUCUCAAUUCCGCAGGGCAGGAAAGCAAACUUCGACGAGCGGGGAUACGCUGGAUGAUGCGGAUCUACUGUGGGAGCUUGCGCGCAAGCAUAGGGCAUAUGUUCUCAAUGAUAUUCAUCACAAACAGUCAUGGAAAACAGCAUGGCUCUCUAUACAGCUGAUUGGCGAAGAUGAGGAAGACUAUGCGAAGGAUUUUAUUCGUGGCCUGAAACUUGCGCAGCCCAAUUGCUUUUCAAUUUCCAACCUUGGCGCUUACGAUGCCAGCCAGUCAGCAAGCCAAGCUGUUCACAACGGGCCGUGGUCCAUCACUAACAUGGAAUUCUCUGCUGGGGCUUGGAAAUCAGGAUUUGGAGCAAAUUUAAAUUUCAAUGUGGCUGGGGUUCGAAACGGAUCUACUAUCAUACAUGCCAACCAUGAAGUGGUCGACCAUGAGAUGUUCUUGAUCGAAUUUGGGGAAGCUGAGUAG